UAUUGACUGCUGGUUAUUAAUAGAUCUAAAUCCGCAGAAAUGGCAGAGAAAGGUGAAGGCAGAAGUGAAAAGAAAAUGGGCACCUACUCCUCGCCAAUUGCUUUCGCUUAUAUCUUCAACCUUAUUGUCGGUGCAGGCGUUUUAGCUUUACCUCAGGCCUUUAACAAAGCUGGUCUAGCAUUAGGUACCAUACUUCUCCUCAUUCUGUGUGCAAUGAGCUACAUCAGUGCUAGUUAUGUCAUAGAGUGUAUGGCUGCUGCUAAUGCUUAUGAGAGAAUGAGUAAGAGAAGAGAGAGAGUGAAGGAUAUGACAGCGCAAUCGAGGAAACCGCUGAAUUAUUCAUUGAAGAGACGGUCGCCUUCUCUUUCGAAGGAUAAUGGUGAUUCGCUUUCACACUCGAGUACAGAAGAAUCGGUCAGCACAAUACCGCCAUAUUGUGUUGAUGUGUCCGGAGUUUAUGAUCCUGACAAGAAAGAAGAGCAAGUCAAUAUAACUGAGGUUACUCCCUUAAUGCAACCAUCCUCUGAUUCAGAAAUAUUACAUCUUGCUCCCAUAGAUGAGGACUUUGAAAUUGACACUAAGUAUGAGCUGGGUUCAAUGGCUACCUUAUUUUAUCCAAAAGUGGGCGUCGCCUUAUACUACUUGUGCAUAUGCCUGUACUUGUGUGGUGAUUUAUCUGUUUAUGCUGUCAUAGCUCCAGCCUCUGUCACUCGUGUUGUUUGUGAUAUGUAUUCUCAUUAUCAUAAUACAAGUAAUGGUACCAGGGACUAUGAAACUGAAAAUGGAACUGAUGCUUAUUCUGAUACUUAUUCUGAUGCUUGCUUUCCUGGUUUAAACAAGAUAGAGAUUUAUUAUAUUUUUUUGUUGGUUUUCAUACUCUGUAUUGGCCCAUUCACUUUCUUUAAUAUGUCAAAGACCAAGCUUAUGCAAAUCACUACAACUAUUCUAAGAUAUUUAGCUUUCAUGUUGAUGAUAUCACUGGCUUUUGUGAGGAUUGGCCAAGGACAUCACUCUUCUCCAAAAACUGCCGAUUUUAAAGUACUCCCGAAUCUUUUUGGAGUCAGCGUGUACUCCUUCAUGUGUCACCACUCCCUCCCUGGCAUGGUCACUCCUAUGUCAUCAAAGAAAUACAUCUAUCGUAUAUUAUUUAGUGAUUUUACUAUCAUCCUUGUCUUCUAUUACCUCCUGGUGUUCAGUGGAGUCUUUGCUUUUCGUCCCGAGGAUAUGAAACCCCUCUAUUCUCUUGAUUUCUUUAAUCCGGGUGAUCCUUACUGGAAGCUGGUAUUUGGUAUAUACCUGGCGCUGUUCCCUGUCUUCACUCUUAGCGCUAGUUUCCCCAUUAUCUCUGUCACGCUUCGUGAAAACCUCAAGUGUCUUAUGAAGCUACUCCUCUCUGAGCCUCAAAUAAGAGGAUUACUAGGAAAGGAGCCACUUGAAGCUGACAAGUCUAUAAAGUUCCCUUUUGUUAUUGACCGUUUCUUGUUUCCAGUACUAGCACUGACCCCUCCUAUUGUGAUAGCGUAUGCUACGCAGCAGAUCGAUAUACUUGUCUCUAUAACCGGCUCGUUUCCUGGUGUCGGAGUCCAGUAUGUUAUCCCGGCUACCCUUGUCCUUUUUGCUCAUUAUAAAUUUAAGAAAAGUUUUGGGAAGUAUAAGAAUCCUUACAGUACUCCGUUGAGCCAUGUCGUCUUCAUGGUGAUUGUUUUGGGCUGGGCAGGCAUUAGUGUUGUUAUGAUGGUCCUGGAUUUAGCAUUAUUCCCUCCAAAGACAUCUGAGCCAUUUUAAUAUUUAUAUAUAAUAUAUUAUUUGCUAAUUAUUAUUAUUACAAUUAUUGUGUUUCAUUUAUUCCCUCCGAGAACGUCUAAGCCAUUUUGAGUUAAUGCUUACAUUUUGUAUAACUAUUAUUAUAAUUGCAAUUUUUGUGCCACAGGUUUAUUUUUAAAUAAUAAUUAUAUAACUAUUUAAGAAAAAGGAUGUGAUUUCAUGAUAAAUGUUUGAUUAUUCUCUGAGCUCUUUUGCACUGCUUUCUGUCCUUGGUUUCAUCAAGAGUACUAUCCUUGGUUUUGUCAUCUUUG